AUGUCGGAAAGCCCUGGCCAUGGUUGGCUUAGCUUGGUGGUUGGACGACGAAGUAUGAUACAAAAGUCGGAUUUUGACAGCUGUCCGUAUCCAGACGGCCAGCCCACCAUGAUAGCUCUUUGCCAGUUUGCUAGCGUUAUCGAAGAAACCGUUGAAUCGAUAUAUAAUCGGAGGACUGACUCACUCCGUCAGCUCUAUGGGAAAGCAGAGAGAUUGCAUGGUCAACUCCGCCAAUACGGUGACGAGUGGGGACUAGGCUCCGCGGCGUCUUUCCAGCGGAAGGAUGCGUGGAACGCCGAAACCAGUCUGCUUUUGCAUAACAUUUAUUUCCAUGUUGUUCUCCUGAUAUAUCGGCCGUUCUUGAUUGCAGAAGCUGCACUCUUGUCCGGUGAGGGAUCAAGCGGAAUGGGAGACAUCUGGCUUAGACAGGCCUGUCGACAUGCCACAGAUGCUGCACAGGAUGCUCUCGCUUUUACAAGCAACAUGCUUCGGGGCCCAGAAGAGUGCAAGACACGUCGGUACCUUGCAUUCUUCAUCGAGUCUUCCUGCGCAGUUCUUUUGUAUGAUAGUCUGCGCCAUCCAGCAAAGCACCCUCACAACCUCGAAUUCAUCCAGAUGGCCAUCUCUUGCCUGCACUCUCUUAUCGGAGACGAGCCGGUCACCAACGCCAUCAACUCCAUCAAGCGUAUCGUAUGGGCAGUCGAGCAGUCCAUCAAUGCGUCAAAAUCAACUGGCGCCUUUCCAGAUGUCACAGCCGCCGAGUCUUCGCCAGUGUGGUCCGACAGCCGCUUUCCGACCAACAUCCAGUUUCCGUCGCUCGAGGAGAACAGGACCACCACCACAACCUCCGACGACCUCAUUUUCUUUAGCAAUAGGGGGUAUCGUCAGCCUGAAGCCCUGACGGAUUAUGCCAUACCCAUGACCGGCACGGGCCCGGUAUUAAAUCCGUUUUCCGAUUUGAAUUUCGACGUCCUAACGACGGAUUUAUUCAACUUCUUUCCUGUUGAUACAAACGCUGGCCCAUGUGCGCAUAAAUGA